AUGACCAAGCUUUUCGAGCGAAACCCCCGCAACAUUCGCAUCGCAUCGUGGAUGAUGGCGCUUGGCCUGUGCUUUGCCUGGUACAAGUACGACGAGAGGAAGGAGCUUCAGUUUACCGACAAGGACGCCGCCCAAUGGAACGAAGCCAUUUUACGCAUGCAUCCACAAAAACCAAGCAAGAAGAAGGAGAAGCACCGUGAAGAUUAA